AUGUUUAUGGUAUAUGCGGCCAGCCUAGCUACGCCAUAACAUCGCAUAAUAAACUAAACUAGAGUUUGGAGUGAGAGUACAACUAUUUGUGAGAUCCAGUUCUGUAGGGAGAGUUGCUGCCUGCCUGGUAGCCUAACACUGAAUUGACUGCUCAACAUAAUAAACUAAGCCAGUCAUUUACAGAGAAGGAAAAUUACAUUGAUUGAGAGGUCAUUGAUGUGUUUUAUAAGAAGGAAUCACCCAAAAUAGUUCUGGAGUAUGGAACUUUGCAACAAAUUAUGAGUGAUGAUGAAUUUCUCAGAAGAAAAUUCAGCAUUUCCUCGGACAGAGAACUAGACAAUUUACAUUUAAUCCCAAGCCCUGAAAACUCUCAUACCAGUAGAAAUAUGAAUUUCUCGAGUCAAAAACCAGGGACAUCGGAUCCUCCCCACAGAGGUUUCCAAAGGACAUACAAUGAUUCUGUAGGUAGUCCCCGCCGAACCUGGACGGAGGAGAGUGAGUCACAAAAAAACCAAAGGGGUUCAGAUGAUGAGCUGACGCCUGUCAAAAAGUUAAGGUACAGAGAUACAGCAGAGCACAUGGAACUAGGUUCUGAAAAGCCCCCUAGAGGACUUCCCCGGGAAUACAGUGAUUUGCACUUGGAAAGUAAUUUGAGGACCCCACGAUACGGAACUCAGACAAGUUACAAUGACAUGAUAGAUAGUAUCCAUGAACAGGACCCAUUUAGUGGUGAUUAUAGACCCUCAGAAAAAAUCAAAAAGUCCAAGAGCAAAAAACACAAAAAGGAGAAAGAGAAACUUCAACAGAUGGACAGCAGUCUUAGUCUCUCAAUAAAAGACCCUUUAUCAAAGUCAUCAAGAAAACAGUCAAAGAAAGGGAGGAAGUCUGAGGUUAAUGAUAGUACAGGUACAUACACAGUUCAGGGAUUUACUAACAAGUCAUUCAGUGACUCGGGGCAGGUUGCAGACUCGGCUUCAGUGAAAAGUAAUGGGACAUACACAUUACAGGAGGACUGUGUUGAUGGGUUGAGGCAAUCAAAAAGAGGUCCGGUUGGAUUUACCAGAAAGAGAGCAACUCGGAGAUCAACUUUGAAAAUGGGGGCAUCCAGAAUUAAUGAAAAAGGAUUCCAAGACUUUGUGACGAAGAACAAAAUAAUGAUUAGAACUCCUUUGACAGAAGAUGAAGUUGAAUUAUCUUUGAGACGAGACCAUGUGCACCUGCAGCAAUCAAAACAUGUCUGGCACUAUCACACCCACACCAAACCAGAUGCCACGGACUCGUUCGGAUACAUCAAUUUCCAGGGAUUUGGUAGUGAAAUUGAUACUUCUCCAUACCUUCGCUGUGAACCUGGUACGAAGCCCGAGGUUGUGUGGGAGAUGAUGAUCAAUCUGUGGCACCUGGAGCCACCCCAGCUUAUUAUUUCAGUCACUGGCGGGGCACAACGAUUUGAUUUGAAGCGAAAGUUUCAAGAGACUUUCAAGAGAGGUCUGAUGAAUGCAGCAACAUCAACAUGUGCUUGGAUUGUCACAGGAGGGACGAGAACAGGGGUGAUGGAGUUUGUUGGUGAUGCAGUGAAGGACCACAUCAUUACCACCGGUCGUAAAAAUGAUGUGGUGGUCAUCGGAAUGGCCACUUGGGGGUGUGUCGCCAACAGGCAUGCUCUAGAUGGAGAUGAGGUAUCAGACGCUCAACCUGAAUGGGGGCAGAGAAAGGGGCUCUUUCCAGCUGUUUACUCCAAGUCAGAUGUGGUGGAGGCUCAGUUAUUAAAUCCGAGAAAUGUCCCCCUGGAUGAGAACCACUCCCACUUCAUUCUCAUAGAUGAUGGGUCAGAGAACAAAUUUGGGGCGGAGAUAGACUUCAGAACCAAACUGGAGAAGUUCGUCUCAAAUCAGCAUGUAGAUCCAGACGAUAAAGAAUCUUCUCUUACCAUACCUGUGAUAUCUAUCAUUGUUGAGGGAGGUAUCAACUCCAUGAAGACUGUCUGGCAGUCUGUAACAAGAGGCAUUCCUGUCCUGGUGCUGCAGUCCUCGGGGCGAGCAGCUGAUUUCAUAGCUCAUGGCUAUAACAUCACAGCUAAUAAACUCAAUGAAGAGAAAAGCCACUUUCCCAAAGAUUUUGACAGUGAAAUGGAGAACUUAGCAAAUAGAGUUUUUGAAUGGAAAGAGAAGGACAUGCCAAGAAAACCAGCUCUAGUGGCCAACUGUUUAAAACAGCUCAGAGAGGCACUGCAGCGUAGAGAAAUGCUGACUGUGUUUGAUCUGAAUGAUAAUGAAACAAAAGAAUUUGACCGAGCUAUUUUGUAUGCUUUGUUAAAAGCAAACAGAACAAACACUAAUGCCCAGCUCAGUUUGGCUUUGGCCUGGAACCGGUCAGAUAUAGCCAAAAAUGAAAUCUUCACAGCCUCCAACAAGACAAAUUAUCAGGAACUGAAGCUGGACGAUGCUAUGAUGACAGCCUUAAUACAGGACCGUCUAGAGUUUGUGAAGCUCUUCCUGGAGAAUGGUAUUAACCUGUCUCAGUUCCUAGACAUCAGAAAUCUGUGGAAUCUCUAUUCAAAUUGUUUCAAUGACAAAACAGAUGGUGCUGCGCAGCUGUUGAUGAACAGGAUAAAUUAUCUAAGGCAAACCUGGGCUUCUUAUCUAUGCUGUCAACAAGCAGAAGACAUUGGGGUAGAACCUGAUUUGCUGAACUACAUAGGGAAAGUCAUAGUUCAUCUCCUUGGUGAUGAGGCCAUGAAUCUUUACUCAGGAAAUAAGUACGAUGUCGAGGGAGAGGAUGUUGUGUUUGGAUACAUUCCGAAAGCAGAAAGGCCUUGUGAGGAGUACUUGGGCAACUGCAACUUGAAAAAGAGGAAGUCUAAGUUAUACCAAGCAGAUUUUAAGAACCCUUCCAGGGACCUGUUUAUCUGGGCUGUUCUGAUGAAUCGAAUGAAGUUGGCUAAACUCUUCUGGAGGAUUGGAAAGAAUCACAUUGGAGCGGCACUGUUAGCCAGCUGUCUGUUGAAGGAGUUGGCUAAAGUGGCUGAUGACGAGGAGGAGGUAGAACUCAGCAUGUCGCUGGAUCAGAACUCCAUGGAGUUUGAGAAACUAGCCUCAGGCAUUCUAGGAAUUUGUUACAUCCAAAAUCGAGAUUUAGCUCACCAGCUUUGUGUGAGAGAAAUGAAUGAGUUUGGAAAUUCCACCUUGUUUUGUUUGGCUGAUGAGAAUGAACUAAUGGAUUUCAUGGGCCAGACAUGUUGUCAGACAAAGCUCAAUGCCAUCUGGAAAGGACGAAUGGCACUGUAUACUUCUAGCCUCAAGAUUGUGGCAUCAAUAUGCCUGCCAUUCCUGAUACCUUUCAUCAAGUUUGUGGACAAGAAACAGGUGAAUGAUGAUGAAUAUGAUGACCUGAGUCCACUUCAUCCCAGCACUAAGGAAAUGAUAACUGAGCAGGAGGUACCACUCAGCAACAAAGAGGCCCCAGAGGGAUUAUCAGGGGCUAGUGGAAAAGUGGCACCUAUCCCGGAAUCCAAGUCCAAAAUACUCAAACGGAAGUUUAAGACUGUGACAUUGUUUAGGUCGAAUAAGGAUGGAGGCAUUAACAUGUUCCGUGCGAUAUACUACUUUUACACAGCACCUGUAACCAAAUUCACAACGGCUAUGUUUGCCAAUCUGUUGUUCCUGGGACUGUUUUCCUUUUUCGUUUUGACGGAUUUGUAUCCCAUCGACGAGAAUGAUUCUCCAUCUCUUCUGGAGUACUUAAGCUGGAUCUACACAAUUACUAGUAUGAUUGAGGAGAUAAGACAGGUAUUAACCAGAGAUCAGCGGUCCCUGUGGUACAAAAUCCGGAGCUGGUAUGGCAGUGUUUGGAACCGCUUUGAUUUCAUCAUGUACCUGGCCUUUUUUACCUCGGUGAUUCUACGGCUUUCAUUGCAUGGCGAGGAUUUCAUGUGGGCUCGCAUGUUGUACAGUCUGACUCUCGGAAUGUACUUCAUUCGCUUCAUGCACUACUUCUACGCUGAGAAAAACAUUGGGCCUAAAGUUAUCAUGAUCUCUAGAAUGUUGACAGACCUGAUGUUUUUCCUCUUAAUCCUCUUGGUGUUUAUCAUGAGCUUUGGUGUAGCUUACCAGGCCAACCUCUAUCCCAAUGCCCCCAAGGAGUGGGUGCUCCUGAAGGAUGUGCUAUAUCACCCAUACUGGCAGAUGUAUGGGGAGCUGUUCUUGGAAAAUAAAGAGGGUAAUGAUCCCUCGGCUGAGAAUGGGCAGUGUACGAAUAAUGAAACAAUAUGGAGAUCAGGAGGCAUGGAUCGUUGUCCAGAGAAAAACGCCAUGGUUGUGUUAUUGAUGGUUGUGUACAUGUUGUUAACCAACAUCCUCCUUGUCAAUCUGUUGAUUGCUAUGUUCAGCGAUACCUUCCAGAAGGUUCAGGAUAACUCGGAGAAGGUGUGGCGAUACCAUAGGUUCUCUCUGGUGUAUGAGUAUUAUGAGAGACCAGCUCUCUUCCCCCCUUUCAUCAUCCUGAAUCACAUGUUUAGGGCGGUCAGGUGGAUGAUUAACAAGUGUGGUAACUGCUGUGGUGACAGUCUCCGCUCCAGGAACAGCUUUAAGCUGAAGCUGAGUGAGAAGGACUUAAUCAGGCUGUCCCUGUUUGAGCGUGGAGCAAUGGAAGAACACCAGCACACCGUGUUCUCAAAGGAGAAUGAUAAAAUUGAUAAGAAAAUAGAAACAACUUCAGAAAGGUUGGACAAGGUAAUAGAAGAACUGGAUAAUAUAAAAGACAAUGUGAUGGCCAGAGAGAAGGUGGAGCCACCAGCCACAGCAAGGUCCACUUCACUGUGCAACAUAGACCCCGAGGUGUACUCGGUCAGGAAAACCCAGACCCAGUUGGAGAUUGAUGUGGACCAGUUGUCUAACUUUGUGAAAGAAAACAUGCUUUCUUUAAAUGCCUCAAUAGUUCGUCUUGAAAAACUAGUAUUUGCAGCCACAAAACAGCAGCAAUUGGAUAUUACUCAUGUCCAAUCUACAGAAUCUUGAUUUACCAAUCAGUGGUAGUUGUAUCGGUGUCCAUGACAAAAAAUGUUCAUUAUGUACUUUGAUGUUAUAACAUUUGAUAUUCAAUAAUCUGUACUUUAAGGAGGUGCUCUAUAUCAUCAUAAUGGUUGACUUCCUUUUAAAACAUGGAUGAAAAUAUAAAUAUCAGCAUUAUUUGCCUAUUCAUUUAAAAAAUCAUUGCCUAGCUGAGUAGCUCUAUAUGGUAGCACGUCUAAUGGUGAACUGUAGAUCGUGGGUUCAAGUCUAGCAGGGGUUUUAAAUUUUUUUUCAGAUUGCUUUCAACUAAAACUGCAUUUUUUGACUAAAUAAAGUAAAUUGGAAAGUCUUCAAUUUCAGAAUAUUGUACAUAUAAUCCUCCACUUUUCAUCGAUCCCUAUCAAAUUUCUCAGGUGUAGCAUUCCUCCUUAAGCAAGACUGAUUUCCUUUAGGAGUAGUUUUCUGCCUCAAUUUUGAUGAUUUAUUUUUAUAUUAAAUUUAUUUAUUUACUUGUAUAUAUGCCUUACAUUUUAGACAAAUUUAUUGAAAACCAAUGUUAAAUACUUUUGAUGUUUUAUUCCAGAAUUAGAUGAUUUUGUCUGUAAACUGUCUACAAUAGAAACAUGUGAUAAUACAUGUAUUCAAAAUUUAGUAAGAUCUGACUUUUUUUGCAUUAACUUAUGAUGUGUAUUUCAUCUUAGCAAUGUAUGUGUAUUAUGUAACAUGGGUUUUUGGUGCCUUUAUCUGUUUCAGAGAGAGAGAGAGAGAGAAAGAGAGGGAGAGAUUUGGGACUUACAUGUAAUAAUUGUACAUGAUGGUUAUGAAGAGUGUCACAUCCUCAGAGAGAGAGAGAGAGAGAGAGAGAGAGAGAGAGAGAGAGAGAGAGAGAGAGAGACAUCCUCAGAUUUGUUUGUUGAGUACCUAUCUGUGAUAAACUUUGAAUCUUAAGAUAUUAUGUAUAGUACAUGCAUGUUUGGAGGUUUUUUUAUUGAUGCAUAUCCAUUAAAUGUCCAAAAAAAAAAAAUAUCAAGUGAUUAUUGUAAAGUAGUAUAGGUUUUGAGAAUAACAGUGUUGUGAAAAUAUGAUACUUUUAAAAACACUAAAUGUAUUAUCUGCAUGAAGAUGUCUGUGAUGUUAACUACAGGGUGUGAUAUUAUCUCCAAUUUGUAAUUGGUUUUUUUUCACAAUAGCAUUAUUCAUACUUUGAUCUGAGGACAAUUAAUAUAGUAAAUACUUCUUUAAUGAUAUUGAUUAUAGAGCUACUGAAACAAUGCAUGGAGAGACAUUGAUUAUACAGUAGAACCCUUUUGUAGAGACAUUGAUUAUACAGUAGAACCCUUUUCAUAUGAUGCUGUUUUAGUAUGUAUAUAUGUUUUUAUAAACAUAAAAACCAUUUCUUAAUAAAUCAAUGUAAAUUUACCUCAUUACAUGUAUUUACACAAAAUUGGAUAUUUUUUUUUAAAAGUUGGUCAAACAAAAUAUACACAUGAUUUAUCGAAAAUGAAUUUUGAGAGAUUAAUUCACAAUUUUAAAUACUCGAAGUUAUUUGAAGUUUUAAUUUGAAUUUUAGUUAUGGUCAUUGUAUCCCAUCUGCUAAAAUUAUUACUGUAGAAAUUCCUUUCUGAAUUUUAUACUCUUAUAUAUCUGACUUUUUAUGAUUUUAGGAAGUUUCUUCAACUCCUUAAGCAUAGGUCUAGGGCAAGAUUAAUCUUAGACAUGUAGCUUGCAAGAUGUAUUUGUGAUUUACGCAGCCUUGCAGCAAUGUCUAAACUCCGUCCAUUCAGUUGGUACAGGUUGGAAUAGAACAGCUCAUUUUGUUGUAACUUUAUAAUGAGAUUGAUUACAUUGUAUUUAUACUAUUAAAUGCAAUAUUUUACUAACUUUA